AUGACUGAUAAGUUCCCAUUCCUGAAGUUGCCUGAAAUUGUCAUGGACAAUGUUCUGCACUACUGCGAUUAUAUGGAAAUUGCUUCCCUCCGCAAGACUUGUCGCAGUCUCCGCGAGUUCGUUGACACCGCGAAACCUGACGGACGCGUGGACAAACUGAUGAUAGAUUGCGAUGCGUACGAAGGGAAGUUUCUUCUUCAAUUGGGAGAAAAAACCGUCGAGAUUUCCUACACAAAAACGAUGGAUGGAUGUAGUAUUUUUGAUACCGGCAACUGGAUGUGGUCAAUAUUAUUGAAGGGAGAAGAUUACAUGGAACUGCUCAAAAGUGACUUUAGUGUACUCUUGAGACAUCAGAAAAGUCUCUUGAAGGUAAUGGAGAUCAGAGGCAAAUCAGCUGACAUUGAGCAAGUUCUCAACAUCUUGAAAGCUCACUCAAAGAAUCCAAGAGCUCGAAAAUUCCCAUUGAGAACUUCUAAACUUUCUCUGAUUGAAUUAUCAGUUUCUCAAAUUCUUCUGGCACUCUCUUCUGUUGAUGCACAGAGUUUGCGUUCUCUGUCAAUCAGGGGCUGUAAACAAAAUAUGUUGUUGAACGAAAUCACUGAAACAGAGCAAUGGAGGCAUUUGGAUACUUGCAUUUUCACAGGAUUAUCUCGGGACAGUAACAGUAUCUCCGGAUUUCGUAUUUCAGAUGUCUGUCGGAUUUCACAUUUAAAUUCAUUUCGGGGUCAUGUUACGAUGGUAUCUGCAGCGGAUUUGUAUUAUCUGAAAACGACCUUCCUCAAGUCCACUAACUUCUCUUCGUGCAGAAUACGUUCUGACAGUAUCGCUAGCGUUUCCGAUAUAGCCACAACGUUUGGAGUACAACCAUUUGUUCGAAACGGAAUUUUUUCUUCUCAUGAUGAGUGGUUCUUUCGCAAGCCUAACGAUAAAUUCGGAGUUUUGUAUUUGAGUUUGAAACAGUUCAAACAUGUUAAGUUCGGACACAAAAAUAAUGUCAAAGUCCCAACCGGCGCAGUAAUCAUUGAUUGA